CCUGUUAUUGUGAGUAACAUUAAUAUUAGAUGGAAAUCAGAUGUGAGAAAUGGUCUUCCAGGUUAAUGAUCAGUUAUUACCUCAACUAAUGUUAGAAAAAACCAAUUUUUGAAAAUAUAUUUUAAAAAAACAACAUUUUAAUUUUGGUCUUACCUCCAACACAAACUGUUUUGUUGCUGUUGAAAGACAGAAGUUCACAUAUAGGACUAUGAAUUAUUAAUAGAAAGAAUUAACGUUGUAUAAUACGGAAUAUAGUGUCAUUUCUAGGGGCCAGCUUUCCUUGAUUCCAUGCAGACGUUUAUAAGAAAAUGUGUUUAUAAAAAUGAGUCUGGUAAUGAUCAACAGUUAGCUGGAACCAUAAGCCUCUAAUCACACCAGACCAAAACACUUUACUGUAAAUACUGGUACCACCAUAUGUAAAAAUCUUAUGCAAAACGUUUUACUUUCAAAUGGUGAUUGUAGAGGUGAUGUGCAUUGAUGUCUUUUUUAAUGUUACCACUGUGAGGCACCAAAGUGUGACAUGAAAACUAUACACAUACUGGCUUUAAAGUAAUAGACUUAAUACAUUAUUCAGUGCCAUGCCUAAAGAAAACAAGAACAUUAUUUGUUUAUUAAUUUAUAUUUUUAAUAUAUAAAACAACAAUCAAUAAUAAUAAAAAGUAAUACGUAAGUAAACAUUACAACAACAAACAAAAACCACGGACAAAUAAAAAAACAUGAAAAUUAUAUGAAAUAAAGGUAAAAAAUAAAAUACAGGAAGUAGUUGUUUUUCCUUUACACUGCAUUGCCCAUGAUGCCCCUGGGCAUUUCGUUAGUGCUACGUCAUAUGUUUUCCUCCUUCACGCGGUGCAUCCCCCGGGUGGACCAAGGCGGAAUCGGGGAACAUGGCAGACGAGGAGGACUCGGCGCCGGAGCCUGCCGCCGUUUCUCCGCCGGAGAGCCCUCACGCUGGGCGUCCGCACUCUGUCUCUUUCUCCGAGAGCGUCCAGCCGGCCGUCGGGAUGGUGAGCCAGCUGCUAACCCAGCCCUCGUCCCUCAAGUUUGACAAAAAUAUCAAACAGGCCUUCUACAAUACGGGGGCGAUGAUAUUUGUGGCUAUCUGCUGCGGGGCAGCUGUCCUGGUCUACUUCAUCCUGGAGGCCUUCCUCCGCCCGCUGCUCUGGGCAGUGCUCUGCGGCACCUUCCUCCACCCUUUCAAACACUCCCUGGCCCGGCUGGGCCGCUCGUGGCUCAGCGGCCUGCAGGACACCGGGACGCCCAUCGUGGUGGGGACCCUGCUGGUCCCGGUGUGGUGUGUGAACUACGGGGUGGAGGCGAUGGGCAGGCUGGUGCUGGAGAGGCUCACGGUGCUGCUGGUGAUCGGAGCCGGGGCGCCGCUUGUUUACUUCCUCUACCUUUUCUGGAGCGUCAUCGGCAUGCAGGUGAUCCUCGAGCACGUCUGCGGGAUCAUCGGGGUCGCGCUGGACUGUUUCCACGCUGUGUGGGUGUGUACUGUAGUGUUUGGCUACUUGUUAGCAGUUUGUUUCAAGUGGAGUCCUCAAACAGAGCGCUACCUGAGGGUCCUGGCUCUUCCGGUCUGGGCCGUCCUGCUCUUCUACAUUGUGUCUCUGACUGGCUCGUGGAGAGUGCCCAUAUUUGUGGUUGUGGUUGUACUCCUCAUCGUGGGCUCUCAAGAGAAACCACCUGUUCCGGGCAGAGGAGAGCUGUCCGGGCAGGUGUUGUCAUUCGCUGCUAAUACUAUUUACAUGGCAAUCUCCUGUAGCAACCUUCAGCUGAAAACUGAGCCCAGUGAAAACUCUACCACAGAUGGUGUGCAGUCUGUGGGCCCCCCUCCUGCCACCCCUGGCUUCCCUCGGGGCUCUCGUACGUUACCAGCCGGACUCUUCCAGAAAGAGAAAAGUUCCCACAGAGCCAGUGAUAUCUACUUUAUUCUGCUGGUCUGGGCCAUAGUUCUGGUUCAGGUCUGGCUCAACCUCUGGAUCUUACAACUGCUGCCUAUCCCUGUGGCUGUGUGGGUGCUGAAGAAGCUGGUGGUCCACUUUGGCCUGAAGAGCUUUGCAGAGCGGACUCUUACCUCGUGGUGGACCGUGCUGGAGAAGUUCGGGCGCGAGCGAGAAGAGGCCCUGCUGCCCGGACCAAUCAAAGGCCUGGCUCAGUUCCUGCUGCGUAUCGACACCAAGCUCUGGCAUUGGCUUAACAAGCAGAUGAUUGUGUGGUUGGAGAGAUCUCUGGAUAAAAUCAUCAGCAUCUUCAUCAUCUUCCUCCUGGUCACAGGGACCCUGCUCAUGGCUCUGUUGCUGACAGCUAUGGUUCAUCAUGAGAGCGUACACAUCAUUGAGGUAACCAGUAACCUCAUCAACGAGACUGUGUCUAACCAUCCAGAAUGGGCCAAUUGGCUUCCAGAGGCACGUGUAGUCCAGAAGGCUCUGAAUUCUGCUGCUACUAAUGUUUAUCAACAUGGAAGAGAAUGGAUAACACAGAAGCUUCAUAAGAUGUUAGGAGACAAGGUGAACCACACAGCAGUGAUUGAGAAACAAGUUCUGGAGCUUUGGGACCGACUCUACCACUCCUGGUUUGUGAAGAAUGUGACCCACUCUGGACGCCACCGUGGUCAGAAGAUGAUGGCGCACAGACAGAACAGCUGGUUAGUGGACAUCCUGGACUGGAAGGACAUUGCCUCGUUUCUACAGGAAAAUAUUGAGACUCUGCUGUCUAUCCUGGAGUCUCUGUGGGUGGUAAUGAGUAGGAACGUUGGUCUCCUCAUCUCCACUACAACCACCCUCUUCACUGUCCUGUUCCACAGCGGCACAGCUCUGCUCAACUUUGCCCUGAGUCUGGUGAUUUUCCUGACCACUCUCUUUUACCUGCUGAGCUCCAGUGGUGAAUAUUACAAACCAGUCAAGUGGGUGAUCAGCCUGACCCCUCUCUCCCAGCCGGGACCUUCCUCUAAUAUCAUAGGCCAGUCUGUAGAAGAGGCCAUCAGGGGAGUGUUUGACGCCUCUCUGAAAAUGGCUGGCUUCUAUGGCCUCUACACUUGGCUCACUCACACAAUCUUUGGCAUCAACAUCGUCUUCAUUCCUUCUGCUCUGGCUGCUAUCCUGGGUGCUGUGCCGUUCCUGGGAACCUACUGGGCAGCGGUGCCGGCGGUGUGUGACCUGUGGUUGGCGCAGGGCGAGGGCGUCAAGGCCGUGCUGCUGCUGAUCUGCCAUCUGCUCCCGACAUAUUUUGUAGAUACAGCCAUCUACUCGGAUAUCUCUGGGGGUGGACACCCGUAUCUAACAGGUCUAGCAGUGGCAGGUGGAGCGUACUAUCUGGGUCUGGAGGGCGCCAUCAUCGGGCCCAUCCUCCUCUGCAUCCUGGUGGUGGCAGCCAACAUCUACAGUGCCAUGUUAAUGAGCCCCAGUUCCGCAGUGCCCACACCGGUGCAAUCGACUUGGCCUCUCCACCCCAUCAGGACCUUCACAGACUCCACCCCCACUGUCCUGAAGAAGGCCAGUGAGUGAGAGCAAGAGGGCGUGUCCCUGUGGAAUGUCAUCUGGCUACCCACUGGCUGACUCCUCAGGGGGAAGUGCUUCCCUCCCUGAUGCUCCUCCCUACGCCGCCCAGCUCUACAGGUGAUAACCCCCGACCAAGAAGAGAUGGCGGCGUAAUGGGCUGGUCACACGCGAUGCGUCUGCUUACCAGAGUUGUUUCUCUGGGCAAAAUGGCAACAACUGCUCUCAUUCAAGACCCUUAAAUUACAACAGCGAGCGCACGUCCUGAUCUGAAACACGGACCAGUGACAUCACAUUGGUCUUUAUGAUUGUGAACGGUGGAGACAUUGAUGCAAAUCACAUCAAUGUCAGAACUCAGUGCCUAAAUUGAUUUUAUAAUGUUAAGAAGUGGCUAAAAUUACUGUGUGGUUUGUAGUUGAUUGAAUAAGGUAUAUUUUAUUUACAAGGCCCCUGAUUCUACCCUGCACACUCUGGCUGUGUUUAAGCUGCAGUAUGUGGUCAUGCAGUGUUUGUACUCCCUACCUCUCUCCUCAUGGAGGCUCAAGUAGAGUUAGCAGUGAAGGCUGGUUUUGAUCACUUCUCGCCACAGAAGUCCUCAUCUGGCUCAAGAGAACGAGUUAUUGACUGUUUUUAGAUUAACUUGAAGUGUCAUUCACAUUUCAGUGAUGGUAGCUGUGAGUCUGCAACACUAGAUGUCUGCUUUAACAAAGACAUACUCUCCUGGGACAGGCUUUGUUAUCACUGAUUCAUUUUUUUUUUUUUUUUUUUUUGUAUCUGUACGGUUGAAUUGUUGUAAAUGCUUAUUUUUUUCUAAUGGCUACAGGUUUAGAAUGACAAUGACGUCUUUAGUGGAACAGAUUAGACUACCUGUGGUUACUGAGGGUCUCUGUUGUUUUUUUUUUUUUUUAAAAACAUUUUCAAUUUAUGUCAUGCUUAAGUUUGUUUGUUUUUUUUUAAACACACUGUGAGUGCACAUUACACACAUACAAGUAACCAAGCUUUUCGUUUUCAGCACACUUAGCUAAUCUGUCAGUAUUGAAGGAGGUUAACACUGAGUAUUUCUGUGAGCACUUUUCCACUUUGUAUUGCUGUGACUUACAUCCCUAUUACAUGAUUUCAUCAGUAGCUUAGACCUCACACACUUCACAUCCCUAAAAAUGUCUUAUAUGUAUAAUUUCUACUCAUCUACUCUUGCACUUGUCCACCAUACUUUAACGCCAGUCGGAGCACUUUUAUGAAAGGAGAGUAUGUAGUAGUUUACAUCACUUGAAGCUUUAAUAAAUGAGCUGUGGAGAUUAAUUGUUUAUGUAAUGUGACACAUUGAACAUUUGUGGCUACUGUGUUAGCUGUCUGAGGGGGGGAGGGCAGUGAUGUGGUCUGGUUUGGAACAAGCACGUAGAUUAGCAACGGUUUCACUGUACAAUUGAACUCUUGUAGUUUUCAUUUGAUACUGUUGCUGUGUGUUUUUUUUUUAAAUUAAUGGACAUGCACUGACACAAUAAAUCUUAUUAUUUGAACUGCA